CGACGGCUGCAUCAUUAAUACUCUUACGACUCUCGGCAAGUGCUCAUUACAUGUAACUUCGCCUGUUCACGGAUUGUUACCAUCUGAAGCAGAUACGUUAUAGCCAGUAGCCUAAGCAGUUUGUUUACACAUUGUUGAAAUCAAGCAAAAACAUCCCAGAAUGAAUUGUAAAAAUGACAACAAGCAAGAGCAAGUCCGCUUUAUUGCCUGGAGCCAGCCACGCUCUCUCACUACGGCCUUAAUGCGGAGCAUGGAAAGCGUGCCUGAUGUAGAACUUUUCUAUGAACCAUUCACAACAUCGGCGUUUCUUGGACCCGAGCGUUUCCGAAGAUACCUAACAGUAGAGUUGCCAGUGAGAAAAGAUCUGUCAUUUCAAGCAACUAAGGAAAAAUUAGAAAUGAAAUAUGAAGGAAAGAAAGUUAUUUUUGCUAAAGAUUUUGCUUUCAAUCUGAAUGGUAAUUAUGAUUUAAUACCCAAUGGUUAUAAACAUAUAUUCCUUAUCCGUCAUCCAAUUAGAACAUUUCUUUCAAUGUAUCGUGUAUGGGAGCAAUUCAAUGCAGAGCUAGCAUGCGAUAUAUUUAAAACAUAUUUUACUCCACGACUUGGAUUUCAAGAGCUUCAUGAACUUUACACGUAUGUUGUAAACAGGACAGGAGAAGAACCUCUCGUGUUGGACACAGACGAUCUCCUGCAAAACCCAAAAGGAAUCCUGAAAAUACUUUGCGAUGACGUCGGUUUGGAAUUUUCUGAGAGCAUGUUGAGUUGGGGACUGGAACAAAAAGUUAAAUGGAAUGCCGAUGAUUACUAUCUUAAUAUUGAUAAGAUGAUUGGUUUCCAUGGUAACAGUCUCAGUGCUGGAGGAUUUGUUGCUGGUUCCGUGAAGCCGCUUCCAAAAUUUGAAGAUUUGCCAGAAAUAGUGCAAGAAUAUGUACGAAUUUCACAGCCA